UUAAACGUCACAUGCGGAAGUAUCAACAUGGAGAACGUCAGAGAAGCUUCCACGAAUCCACUUUUGAAAGACGGGUGCUACACGGAUUUCCUGGCAGAUGGCUUUGAUGUGAAGACCUACACUGCUGAGGCUAUUCACCAUGCUGUCAUAGCUGAGCAACUGGCCAAGCUGGCACAGGGCAUCAGUCAGCUGGACAAGGAGCUGCACAGCCAGGUUGUGGCCAGACAUGAAGACUUACUGUCUCAGGCGACGGGGAUAGAGUCCCUUGAAGGGGUCCUUCAGAUGAUGCAGACACGGAUCAGUGCUCUGCAGGCAGCUGUUGACAGGAUUAGGACGAAGAUCGUUGACCCGUACAACAAGAUUGUGGCCAGAAUCACCCAGCUGGCCCGACUGCAGAUGGCCUGUGACCUGCUGAGAAGGAUCAUUCGUAUCUUGUACCUGAGCAAGAGGCUCCAGGGUCAGCUCCAGGGGGGCAGCAGGGAGAUCACCAAGGCCGCUCAGAGCCUCAAUGAACUAGACUAUCUGUCACAAGGUGUGGAUCUGAGCGGCAUUGAGGUGAUUGAGAAUGACUUGCUGCUGAUCAGCAGAGCCAGGCUGGAGGUGGAGAACCAGGCAAAGAGACUGCUGGAGCAGGGCAUGGAGAUCCAGAAUCCAACCCAGGUUGGCACGGCCCUGCAGGUCUUCUACAACCUGGGCAGUCUAAGAGCGACCAUCAGUUCUGUAGUGGGGGGUUACAGGACCACCAUACACGACAACAUCACUGAUGCUUUGGACAUCAAGGGCCUGACGCAGCCAACCAACCCUAGAGGUGCACCAGGCAGAGCAGUGCUGCCGACACCAGGCAACACAGCAGCUUUCCGUGCUGCUCUGUGGACCAGCCUGGAGAAACUGAUGGACCAGAUAUGUGCUGCGUGCAGACAGGUGCAACAUCUGCAGAAGGUCCUGAUGAAGAAGAGAGACCCUGUAACUCAUGUGUGCUUCAUCGAUGAGAUCAUCAAGGAUGGACAGCCGGACAUCCUCUACACCUUCUGGAACGAUGUAACCAACACACUCAGUGAGGAGUUUCAAAGAGCAACUGAAGGUAAGAACGCUCCGUCUCCUUCUCCUGAAUCCCUUUAAGAGGAUGCUGACAGUUUAUAUAUCCAAGCUGCUAGUCCAGAGGGAAGGGGAAUUACAUCUUUAAGGUGAGUCUCAGACAGACAGUAGAUAGCUGCUCUACAACCACCAGCACACACAACUAGUGGAAGGUCUCGUUUAGUGAGCCUUAAUCAUCGGGCCGUAGUCAGAGAACAGCAGGAAAUCAAUGUGGCUGCAAGUAAUAAAAGACCUGUUGUUCAUGGAGCUAUCGCCGCACACAGGACUCUCAUUCAACCAGUGUUGCUUGUACAACCUUAGUUUCUAUUAAGUCACUGCAUCAACACGCCAUGGUAAUUCUAACUGGGACAAAAAUAUAACAAAAUGGGUCAGAAGUGGUGACACAUCAAAUUAUUUUCGUAAAAAUGAUGCAGUAGCAGAGGAUCAAGACCAGCUGCUGCCUGGAACACAGGAAUGCUAAUGACAGCCCACAAUAUGCUGCUGAUGUUACAGGCUGUCAGUGAUGAUGCAGUGACUGUUGGACCCUUUGUAGUGAUGGAGCCCUUGUGAUGAGCUUUAAUGCCAUAACCCUCCGAACCCCAGAACCCGCCGGCGGGAUAGAAAAGCGUUUUUUCUUUAAACAAUCACCAAAACUACAACGUUCAUCACAGCCAGACGUUGUAAAUACCGUCUUUAGCGUCAGAUUUUCAUCUUGCCGACGGUCACUGAACAAAUCAUGUGUGACGACCGAUUCCGUCAGAGGAAGCAGCUGAAAUGGUGAUAUUUCAUCAAAAACAUUUUAUUAUAUACUGUAUGUCUUAUUUAAAAUGUCCCCCUUAUAAACCCUUUACCCGAACCAGAGCCUGUAGAAAACAUUCAAUUCUGAGCUCCUCAGCGCAACCAGGAAGCAGUCCAGUGACAACAAUUCAGUGAAUCUUCGACAGCACUGCAAGCUGCUGAACACAGAGCAGAGGCCGUAAGUAGAGGUGGUAAAGAUGUGAAUAGCUCAAUGUAUACAGUGGGUACGGAAAGUAUUCAGACCCCUUUAAAUUUUUCACUCUUUGUUUCAUUGC